AUGGCUGCACACAAUCCCGCUUCGGAUGGCCGUGAUGUGUGGCUACUUUGGUGUUUCGAGCAUUGCUUGAAACCCGAGCACGGGCAGGUACACGAAGAGUUGAUGCAUCUUGCGACUUCACUUGAUUUGAAGUUCGCUCGUCACAAGAAAGCUGCGGGCUUUCUCAGCUGGCUGGAUAGCAGGAAUAGCAGGACUGUUACCGUGCUUAUCAUCGCAGACUGGCGGGAGACAAAGCCCAUCGUUGCAGAGCUCAGCACAAGAAGCAACCAUUGCGUCGCCCGCAUGUGCGUAGUGGCACAGUCGGAGAAGAUGUUUCGCAACGCGUCUCUCUUCGCGGGCAGGCAGAGCACAGGCUUUGAGAUUGUGGUGGCAUCUUCUUUCUCGUGUGAGAGCGUGGAGGAGUUGAUCCGAUCUUACGUGCGAAACGCACCUGAGACAACGAGAUGCGGGGAGAUCGACACGGCUGACACGUCACGUUGGUUGUCUCUGCCCAGUCUUCGAAAAUCCAUCCAAGAUCCCAAUACAGCCCGUAUGCUCGAGCAGCUCAUUCGGCAGACCAUGUGGCAAGUCUAUGAGGACUGA